CAGCCAGUGCAGCCCCACGAGGCAGAGCCUCAGCCUGUCGGAGGGCGAGGAGCAGGUGGACCGGCUGCAGCAGGUGGAGCUGGUCAGGACCACCCCCAUGUCCCACUGGAAGGCGGGCGCCGUGCAGGCCUGGCUGGAGGUGGUCAUGGCCAUGCCCAUGUACGUCAAGGCCUGCGCGGAGAACGUGAAGAGCGGGAAGGUGCUGCUGAGCCUGAGCGACGAGGACCUGGAGCUGGGCCUGGGCGUGUGCAGCUCCCUGCACCGGCGCAAGCUGCGGCUGGCCAUCGAGGACUACCGGGACGCCGAGGCAGGCCGGAGCCUGUCCAAAGCGGCUGACCUGGACCAUCACUGGGUGGCCAAGGCCUGGCUGAACGACAUCGGCCUGUCCCAGUACGCCCAGGCCUUCCAAAACCACCUGGUCGAUGGGCGGAUGCUGAACUCCCUGAUGAAGCGGGACCUGGAGAAGCACCUGAAUGUGUCCAAGAAGUUCCACCAGGUCAGCAUCCUGCUGGGGAUCGAGCUGCUGUACCAAGUGAACUUCAGCAGGGAGGCCCUCCAGGAGCGCCGGGCCCGCUGCGAGACACAGAACACAGACCCCGUGGUCUGGACCAACCAACGGGUGCUCAAGUGGGUGCGAGACAUUGACCUGAAGGAGUAUGCAGACAACCUGACCAACAGCGGGGUCCAUGGCGCCGUGCUGGUGCUGGAGCCCACGUUUACUGCCGAGGCCAUGGCCACCGCCCUGGGCAUCCCCAGCGGGAAGCACAUCCUCCGGAGACACCUGGCGGAGGAGAUGAGCGCUAUCUUCCCCCCGGCCACUACUGAGCGCUUCGGCACGCCCCCCGGGCGGGCCCCCGGCACCCCCCGGGCGGGGAAGGAGGAGAACAGCAGUGGCAUCAGGCACAAGGCUGGCCGGCUGCCCCUGGGGAAGAUAGGACGGGGCUUCAGCAGCAAAGAGCCCGAUUUCCAUGAUGACUACGGCUCCCUCCACAAUGAAGACUGCGGGGACGAGGACCUCGAGGGCCGGCCAGAGCAGUGCCGCCUGGAGGGCUACAAUGGCCUGGAGGUCACCAACGUGUGAGGAGCCGAUGCUCGGCCAGACCCCACAUGGGGAGUCACCUAGAGGAAGAGGAGCCGGACGCCAUCGCCCCUGUACAUAGUGCCUGCGGCUGAGGAGGCGCGUCGGUCCCGGGGAAAUCCCCACAGACGCCGCAGCUUCAGAUGGGAGCACAGGGAGCCAGGAGGCGCCCGCCGGCGACGUUCCACUCAGCAGAAGGGCACUGGCCCCAGGACCUGUCACAUGCCAGCCCCUCCAUCACCCAGGCCCCACCCCAGAGUGACUGACUGUCAGCGCUCUCCUGGCUGCCAAGGCGGAAAGGGGCCACGACGCCCCAUCCGGGAGGAGCAGAUGGGCUCCACGCAGACAUGCGAGCCCCGCGGGGACAGAGGUCAGCAGGCAAAGCCCAAGGUUGACCCGUCAGCAGGUGACCCUCCAGCCAGUGAGGCGGCAGGAAAGGCUGCCCAGGGCCGAGACGCCACACGGAGGGAGGGCGCAGCCCAGCAUCCUCGCCCCCGUGACUGAGAGCCUGGGUUCCCUGGGGGGUCGCUGAGCCCCUCUUGGGAGCAAGCGGAACGGGGGAGUCAUUGUCUCUGCCCCGAAAGCCCCGGUCACGGGGGGUGGACGUGUGGGAGAGUAAUUGCUCGUCCUCCCAGGAGCAGCUCCCCGGGUGGGCGCAGGUGGAUGGUCUGUGCGGGGCGGGGCUUGGCAAUGACAGUCCCAGGAAAUGCAACAUCCUGUCAUCGGGCGAAGGGCAGGUGAGGGCAGGAUCAGGGAUGACUGAGGGAGGCCCGGGACAACUGUGCCCAAUGUGGCAGCGGAUCCGGGAUCAGGGCAGGGAGUCCUCAUCGCUACCCCCGCAAACCUUCGCUGUGAUGGCUGCCGCCUGCGCACAGGUGUCCUGGCUGAGAUGAGCCUCGCAGAGCCACGCCGGCGGGAUGGCGGCGAGAACCGCGGGCCUCUGCCUGACUCGCCACUGUGUGCUGUGUGGCUUCUCCCGGCGGCCUCGCCUCUCUGCGCCUCAGCAUCCUCCUCUAACGCUGCUUCCCUGCCAGGGGGGUGCGAGGACUAACACUUGACUAACGUCUAUAACGCACUCCGUAGCCUCUUGGGAGGCAGGUGGGAAGUUGGGGGUCUAAUCCCCAACUUACUACACAACAUGGACAUGGACCUGCCCCUCUAACUCGGUUAUUUUGGAAACAACGUGCAAAAGGAGCACAAGGCAUGUGGGAUAUUUCGACCCUUUAGCACCCUGAUAGGGCUUGAGCGGGGAGAGAGAGAGAGAGAGAGAGAGAGAGAGAGAGGCACCCCAUAGGCACAGCCCUUGGAAACCAGUUUGAUUCCAGGGAUCGGCUGGGCUUCCUGGACCCCGACGCUGAGUGACGAUCCGGGAAGGACAAAACGCAGCAUCCCACUGACACUCGGUUAUGGAAGCGGGUCAUCUGUUGGAACCACGAUGCCCCACUUCCAUUGAAGCCGUGUGCCCUGAGAGGCCAGGAGGAAAGGGUGUGAAUUCCCAACACUUGAGUCAGCCUCGAAGACCUCUCCAACCCAGGGUGGGCGACACAGACCGAGCCCCAAGGAACUGGGGGUCCCUCCCAGAGCCAGACCGUGCGUCUCCCCCACCGUGACACAAGCACAGCCUCCCGCCCCCGGGGCCAGGUGCCUGGUAGGUGGGCAGGGAGACGCCCCCUCUUGUCCGAUGUUUGGCCUCCUCGGGACACAGUUCUGAUUCCGGGGCCUGAGGCGUGAAGCUCUGGGACCUGCCCUGGCUUCGCGGAGGGUCCAGACCCCAGUGUCUCUGUGACAUUCAGCCACAUGUGGGCUGGAGCUGCAGAGCCCGCAGCUGGGGCGGGAGAACCAGACGCCCAGCCACGCUGGUGCCAGGUCACUCCUGAGCCAGCCUCAGCCUGGGUGGCCGGCACCCCAGGACCUGCCUCCAGGGGGCAGCCAAGCAGGAGGCCAGUCAUCCCCUCAGGGUGGGCGAAGGCUUGUCAGGAAUGAAGCUCGCCUUGUCCCCGGCGCACCCCCUUUGCCGACAAGGUGAGCAAGCAGCGGCUUGGGGGUCACCAGCAGGGGUGACGUUAGUCCGAAAGGCCUGGGGCCACGUGGACCACUUCACACCCACCUUUUGGUCCAAAGAUGCCCUGAGCACACACUCGCUCCUCACCAGGUGCGCAUUGGGAGCUGGCCUUGGGCUUUGUCUUCAGGAAAAUGUCAAUCUGUUUGUGGAAAAAAAAAGGGGGG